AUGAGAGUUGGAUUAUGGAAUGACCUGCUAUGUCUGUGUCAUAUUGUUCUGCGCAGGGUGCAUUAUACUGUGCUAACUAGGUGUUCAGUACCAAAUAAGAGAGGCUUGAAGAUGCAGUGGACGCCGGAGCAUGCCCAGUGGCCAGAACAGCACUUUGACAUCACCUCGACCACUCGGUCUCCUGCCCACAAAGUUGAAGCCUACCGUGGUCAUCUGCAGCGCACCUAUCAGUAUGCCUGGGCCAAUGAUGACAUAUCUGCUUUGACUGCCUCCAAUCUGUUAAAAAAGUAUGCAGAGAAGUAUUCUGGAAUUCUUGAAGGCCCAGCUGAGCGGCCUGUCCUCAGCAACUACACAGAUGCACCUUCGGGGUUGGUGAAUGGUCGGAAGAGCGAAAGCGAACCUUGGCAGCCUUCGUUGAACUCAGAAAGCGUGUAUCCUAUGAACUGCGUUCCAGAUGUGAUCAGUGCCAGCAAAGCUGGUGUAAGUACAGCUCUCCCUCCUGCAGAUGUCUCUGCCAGUAUAGGGAGUUCUCCUGGGGUGGCCAGCAACCUGACAGAACCUAGUUACUCUAGCAGUACCUGUGGAAGUCACACGGUACCUAGUCUAGGGCUACCUUCUCAGGAAUAUGCCACGGGAUACAACGGAUCAUAUUUGCAUUCUACAUACAGCAGCCAGCCAGCACCUGCACUUCCUUCCCCUCAUCCUUCCCCUUUGCAUAGCUCUGGCCUUUUACAGCCGCCACCGCCUCCGCCACCGCCGCCAGCCCUGGUCCCAGGCUACAAUGGGACCUCUAACCUCUCCAGUUACAGCUACCCCUCUGCUAGCUAUCCUCCUCAAACCUCUGUGGGCCCUGGCUACAGCCCAGGGGGUGCGCCUCCCCCUUCGGCAUACCUCCCUUCAGGAAUUCCAGCUCCUACUCCUCUGCCCCCCACCACCGUCCCCGGCUACACCUACCAGAGUCAUGGUCUGACACCUAUUGCCCCCUCCGCUCUGACAAAUAGUUCGGCGAGUUCUCUCAAACGGAAAGCCUUCUAUAUGGCGGGGCAAGGAGAAAUGGACUCCAGUUAUGGAAAUUACAGCUAUGGCCAACAGAGAUCUACACAGAGUCCUAUGUACAGAAUGCCCGACAACAGCAUUUCAAACACAAACAGGGGGAAUGGCUUUGACAGAAGUGCUGAAACAUCAUCCUUAGCAUUUAAGCCAACAAAGCAGCUAAUGUCCUCUGAACAGCAAAGGAAAUUCAGCAGCCAGUCCAGCAGGGCUUUGACUCCCCCUUCAUACAGUACUGCUAAAAACUCCUUGGGAUCCAGAACCAGUGAAUCCUUUGGGAAGUACACCUCCCCAGUAAUGAAUGAGCACGGGGACGAGCACAGACAGCUCCUCCCUCACCCAAUGCAAGGCCCGGGACUCCGUGCAGCUACCUCAUCCAACCACUCUGUAGACGAGCAACUGAAGAACACUGACACACACCUCAUUGACCUUGUAACCAAUGAGAUUAUCAACCAAGGACCUCCAGUGGACUGGAAUGACAUCGCUGGCCUCGACCUGGUAAAGGCUGUCAUUAAAGAGGAGGUUUUAUGGCCCGUGUUGAGGUCAGACGCUUUCAAUGGACUGACUGCCCUACCUCGGAGCAUCCUUUUAUUUGGGCCUCGGGGAACAGGCAAAACAUUAUUAGGUAGAUGCAUAGCUAGUCAGCUGGGGGCCACGUUUUUCAAAAUUUCCGGUUCCAGUCUAGUCACCAAGUGGUUAGGGGAAGGAGAAAAAAUCGUCCAUGCUUCCUUCCUCGUGGCCAGGUGUCGCCAGCCUUCGGUGAUUUUUGUUAGUGACAUUGACAUGCUUCUCUCUUCUCAAGUGAGCGAAGAACACAGUCCAGUCAAUAGGAUGAGAACCGAGUUCCUUAUGCAGCUGGACACUGUACUAACUUCUGCCGAGGACCAAAUAGUAGUAAUUUGCGCCACCAGUAAACCAGAAGAAAUAGAUGAAUCCCUUCGGAGGUACUUCAUAAAACGACUUUUAAUCCCGCUUCCUGACAGCACAGGGAGGCACCAGAUAAUAGGACAACUGCUCUCACAGCACAAUUACUGUCUCAAUGACAAGGAGUUUGCACUGCUUGUCCAGCGCACAGAAGGCUUCUCUGGACUAGAUGUGGCUCAUUUGUGUCAGGAAGCAGCAGUGGGCCCACUCCAUGCCAUGCCAGCGACAGACCUUUCAGCCAUUAUGCCCAGCCAAUUGAGGCCAGUUACAUAUCAAGACUUUGAAAAUGCUUUCUGCAAGAUUCAGCCUAGCAUAUCUCAAAAAGAGCUUGAUACAUAUGUUGAAUGGAACAAAAUGUUCGGUUGCAGUCAGUGA